GUGGGGGAACUUUCAAAAUGGCGUCCUUGGAAGAGGACGAAGGCGCGAGUAAUGAUAAUUCAAAUCAGAUGGAAGUAGACAGAGAUUCUAAUGCAUCUAGUCCUCAACAGGAAGAAGAAUCAUCAGAUUCUUCGUCUGACGACGAAGCAGAACAAGAUCAGAACAUUGCCAUCUUGGAACAGAAGAUUUCUCAAAACCCUUAUGAUUAUUCUGCAAAUGUUGAGCUCAUCAAUACGCUUAGGAAGGCCGGAGAUUUGGAUAAACUGAGAGAAGCUCGUGAACGAAUGAGCCAACACUUCCCCUUGAGUCCUGAAUUGUGGAAAGCAUGGUUGGAAGAUGAAAACAAGUUAGCUACCACUGUUGAGGAGCGCACUACUGUCAAAGAUUUGUUUGAACGAGCUGUGAAAGAUUAUGUCUCUGUAGAACUUUGGCUUGAAUAUGUACAGUUCAGCAUUGGAUUCAUGGGAGAUCAAAAUGGAAUGGAUAAUGUAAGAGCUGUUUUUGAAAGAGCAUUGACAGCAGCUGGUUUACAUGUAUCAAAAGGUGUAGUGCUGUGGGAAGCCUAUCGUGAAUUUGAACAAUGUAUGCUGACCAUGAUAGAGGCAAAUGCUGAUGCAAGUGAUGAGGACAAGGAAGUUCAAAAGCGAAAGUUGGAUUCUUUGUUCAGGCGCCAGUUGUCAGUUCCUUUACUUGAAAUGGAACGGGCGUAUGAAGAGUAUGUGAGCUGGAUUGGCGGUGGCAGCAGAGAGGGGCAAAAUGGUUUAGAUGAAAAUGUUAAUAGAGUGUAUAAAAAAGCACUAGAGAAGUUGGGUAAAGUACUUCCUUUUGAGAUGCAGUUGAUGUCCACACCAGAGAGUCGAACUGAUGUGUAUCGCGAGUACCUGGACUAUGAGAAAGGUGAUGGAGAACCAGCCAGAGUGCAAUGCUUAUAUGAACGAGCCUUGGCUGAGCUUUGCCUUGAUCCUGUUCUGUGGCUAGACUACCUCAAAUAUGUGGACACGCAAUUGAAAAUUGACACAAUUGUUCUCUCUGUAAUGGAACAAGCUUUGGGAGUUGGUUUCUCCACUGCUGCAGAAUAUCGGGGAUUGUGGAUGGCUUACCUGGACUAUUUGCGAAGACGAGUAAAGUGGGGAGAAGAUGGAGAAGAAGAACAGCUUAAGGAACUCAGAGCUGCAUUUAACCGAGCCUGUGAACAUCUUGCUCAGUGUGUAUGCUUUACAGUUUUUGGACUUCAAGGUGAUCCCACAUGCAUGGUACUACAGGCGUGGGCUCGUAUGGAAGCUGUUCAUGCACGAGAAAUGGAGACCACUCGUCGCCUCUGGAGUGACAUUCUGAGUCAGGGGCAUGACAAAACUGCAAGUAUGUGGCUCGAGUAUAUCAAUCUGGAGAAAUGUUAUGGGGACACAAAACAUCUGCGACGUCUCUACCAGCGAGCUUUAGCUGCGACGCAAGACUGGCCUGAAAGCAUAGGAGAUGCGUGGUUGAACUUUGAGCGAGAUGAAGGCACUUUGGAGACAUUUGAGGCAUGUGAGAGCAAGUACGAAGCUCGGAUGAAGGCUGUACUGGAGCUGCGGGAGAAACAGGAGGCCCAGCAAGCAGCUCAACAAGCAGAAAGUGCAGCUGCGCACAAAGGACAUCGCCACGAUGCCAGUAAACGCAAGCGAGAUGAUGUGAGCCGGUGGGCUGCUUUAGCUGGGCAGUCGGUGACAGUAAAAAGGGUGCCUGGCAGCAAAUUACCUUCAAAACCUGAAGGAGCAAAGGGAAACGGUGAACCAACACCCUCUGUUUCGGAUGCUGAUGAACCUUCAAAGAAAAAGCCACGAAGUGAAUCACAUACUUCUGGGGAUCAUGGGGUGAAAGUUGAACAUGAUCCCAGCAAAGAUAAUCAAACUGUCUUUGUGAGCAACUUAGAAUAUUCUACCACAGAAGAGCAAAUUCGAGAAUUGUUUGCACCCAUUGGUACUAUUACAGAUUUACGUCUAGUCAAGGACUUUAAAGGUCGAUCUAAAGGCUACUGCUACGUGGUUUAUAGCUCUCCGGAUGAAGCAGCAGAGGCUCUAAAGAAGGAUAGAGAAUCAUUGGCAGGUAGACCUGUGUUUGUGUCAAAAUGUGAUGCCAAUAAGCUUAAACGGCAACCAGUCUUCAAGUAUAGCAAUGAACUGGAGAAGAACAAGUUAUUUAUAAGAGGAUUGCCUCUGACAACCACGAAGGAAGAACUAGAAGACCUCUUUAAAUCAUUUGGAGUUCUGAAGGAUGUGAGAAUAGUUACCUAUCGAAAUGGACAUUCCAAAGGCCUGGCUUAUGUUGAAUUUGUUGAUGAGGCGGCAGCAGCCCAUGCAUUAAUUAAAACAGACGGUAUUACUGUGGGGAGUCGCACCAUCUCUGUGGCCAUCAGCAAACCUCCUGGGCGUAAGACACCUGCAGGAGGCCCUCCACUUCCGUCUUCCACUGGUCCUCCAUCGUUAGGAGGAGGCAUAAAGGAGAAAGGAGCGCGAGGACGAGGUCGAACACAGAUGUUUGUACCCAGAGCUCUGCAAAGGACAUCAGGAUCAGUUUCAACUCCAGCUAGCACUGGUACAGUUUCACCUUCUUCAGAAGUGUCAUCCACUGCUGCUUCUCCUCCUACAGAAAACAAUUCUGCAAAGCCUAAAAGCAACAAUGAUUUCCGCCAAAUGCUUCUAGGUAGAAAGUAACACCUGACAUCCUCAAAUCUGCAGUGUCAACAAAACAAAAUAUUUGCAUUUCCUGUGCAUGCCAGAAAAUGUUUUGACUAAUCAGUAUGAUACUGAUUUGUUCUGAAUAAUAGUACUCCUUUCAAAGUAUGUGCUAAUAUCAUCAUCAAGUGACUGAAAGCAGUAAAACCUCCAAACUUUAAAGUUGGCAAAUUGUAACAAUAUCUCCUGAAUUGUUCAUACAAAUUCUGCAAAUUUAAUUAUCAUAAUUCAGGUGAAAUAACAAAUGGUUUUACAAAUGUGGAGGAUAUGCAUUUGUUUUGAAAAUGACCAAAUCUUCUGUCAUGUGUGUUUGUCAUCUCUUGUGUAGAGUAGCAGAAAUGUUUACCUGAAAAUGGAGAUUGGAAUAGUCUCCUUGUGAAUGAACUGUUGAUGGUUUAUGGGCAUGUGCAUACACUCACUGCAAAAGUGUAAGUUAAAAAGUGUUGACUUUUUCUGCAAGUCAAAAUUUCCGUUUGUUAAGUAAUAUUCUAUUUUGCAUACCAUUUUGGUGGAUUCACCAAAUUAUGUGAGGUGUGCGUGUUAAGGCAUUUAGACUUGAUACCUUUAUUAUUGUAUGUUCAUAUUUUGACGUUAAUGAAGUUCUGGAUGUUAUUCCUAUCAUGUAUGAUAUUUGUUAUUUAUUUAGAAAAUGUAUUAUUUUCUUUCAUUUAGUAGGUUAUGAAAAAUACAGUGGAGUGCAGAAAAUGUCAGCUCUAUUUUUGUCUUUGAAAGUGGAGAUAUAUAUGUAAAGAAA